AACGUCGAACUCAAGGUUUCGACCAAGUAAAAUCCAUUUAAAUUAAAUCACUCAACAUCAAUAAUUAUCAAACAUUAAAUUAAAAUCCACUCCAAUUUUCAGUAAUUUUACCCAUUAGAGUGAUACAAAUAUUUGAGAAUUCGAUAUAAUAAAAUUGAAAAUACAAAAUAUCGCUUGAGUCACGCAGUAGACCGACGUUUAGAAGGCAGCCAUCUUGUAAUCCCUAAUCAAAGAUCUCUGCCUAGCGGGUGUCGUUGUCUGGUUUUCUGGCCAGUUAAAUAUCAACACAGUUUCGUCAAAUGGCUUUAAAACGAAUUAAUAAGGAACUUCAAGAUCUCGGAAGGGAUCCACCAGCACAAUGCUCAGCUGGACCAGUAGGUGAUGAUUUAUUCCAUUGGCAGGCAACGAUUAUGGGACCACCUGACAGCCCGUAUCAAGGAGGCGUAUUUUUCCUUACAAUUCACUUUCCCACAGAUUAUCCUUUUAAACCUCCAAAGGUUGCGUUUACUACAAGAAUUUAUCACCCUAAUAUUAACAGUAAUGGAAGUAUUUGUUUGGACAUUUUGAGAUCGCAGUGGUCUCCCGCACUCACUAUAUCAAAAGUGUUGUUAUCGAUAUGCUCUCUGCUGUGCGAUCCAAAUCCAGACGAUCCUCUGGUACCUGAGAUAGCAAGGAUAUAUAAAACAGACAGAGAGAAGUACAACGAAUUGGCACGAGAAUGGACGCGCAAGUAUGCCAUGUGAUGCGCCAAUAUCCACUGAUUUCAAGACCCAAACACCACCGUGAAGCAAAUCCCAGCCUAAAUGCCACUUACAGAUCAGCACCAAUUUAAAAAAAAAAAAAACAAAAAAAAAACAAAAACAAACCUUAGCUAUGACUCGUCUGUUCUUAAAAAAAAAACAUGUUCCCGAUACGUAAAUCAAGACAAAGCAGAGUGCUCAGGCUAAUAUGUGAGAGAUUAUUUUCAAAAGUUUUCCUCCCGCCUUUGUACACUGCGAAUUUACAAGAUGGCGCGCCGAAGACUUUCGAGGCAAUUUUUAAAUAGGUGGUCAUUUUUCAACGUUAUAUAAAUAUAUGUAUGUACAAUUUACCUAUAUAUAUAUUUAUAAGCGAUUUGAUGGAUAAAAAAAAAGUAUACACACAUACACAACACGUCCGCUUGAAUUUUUUUUUUUUCAAAAUAAGAGAGAGAAAAAAACCGAAGUUUAUAGGAGAGAAAUGAAAGUAGGAUUUGUAAUUUAAUUUGAAGAAUUUCAUUUUUUUAAUUGUUUGCUUUGUGACAUUGUAUUUCAAAAUACCUACUUUCUCAUAAUUUUUGUCAAAAAAAAAAAAAAAAAAAAAAAAAAGAAUUGCAAAGAAACUGUCAUGACAGUGCACCGAUUGUUAAUUUUUUUUUUUAUUCAAAGUGAAAUUAAGCAAUUCAUGCCCGUCAAAUUAAAAAAAAAAAUUCAUCACAUCCCCCCUUUUAGAUUGACGCGGUUACCUUUUUUGUAAGACUGGGCCCUACAUAAAUACUUCUGAAACUGAAAAACAUAUUUUUUAUUAUUUUAAUUCCCGACCUAAUCUUUUUUUUGGAGGGGGUUUUUUUUUUCUUCAUUUUAUCGUGUACAGAAAAAGUGCCGAGAAAAGAAAAAAAAAUUAAUCUUAAUUCAUAGAAUUACGUCGUUUGAAUAAACGAUUGUUUGCUAUGUUUCAUAAAGGCAAGAAUUAAUCCAUUUUAGGUUUAUAGUCAAAUUUAUUUAAAAAUCGCUACAAAUAUCUAAGAAAUUCAUUUUUGUUCUUAAUUUACAUACGUUAGAAAAUUUAAUUUUGAUCCUUUUCGUUUUAUUUAAAAAAAAAUUAAUUUUCUUAUUGGUAUUUGUAUCGAUUGUUUGGAAAAAAUUUCUAUUGUACCUGUAAUUUGAUUGUAUAAAAAAAAAUUAUUUAAUUUUUCUGCGCUAAAUAAAUUCAAUAUUCUGGUGCGCAAUUUAGAAAACGAUUUUUGUUUUUUUAAAUUCUUUCCCCCGCCAAGUCUUGACUUGUUUUUUGAGAGAUUUGUACUGAUCAAAAAGGGCAAUUAAAAUAAAGAAAAAGAAAAAUAGAAAUAUGAUCGGUAUAUUUCUUUUUGUAAAAAAAAAAUCGACACUCACAAGUUCCGUUUGAUGCGUCAUUGUUUACUAAUUAAAAUAUUAAUUGCGCCGUUCGAAAAAAUUCGAUCCCAUGCUGAUUAAUUUACACUUUUCUCAUGCCAAGCUCAAUUUACUUCUUACAGUGUAUUUUAUGUAUCGCUUUUAGUUAUCAUUUUUAAGUGAAAAAAAAGAGAAUUGAACAUUUUCAAAUUUCUUUUUUUUUUAGAAAAAAAAACACUUUUUUUUUAUUUAUGUGCUGUGAUGAUAAUCAGAAUCAGUUUUACUGAAAAUAUUUUCUUUCAAAAAAGUUUCUCGUCACAUUUAGUAAAUUUGAGAAAAAAUAAUUAAAAUUCACGUGUAAAAAAAAAAAGAAAGUGGAUUCAUUAUUGCACGCGAUCCAAUUAAUAUGGUGUUAUCCGUGUUUUAUUUUUGGUAUGCCUCUGAAAUUUUUCAAUGCAAAAAAAGUCGUUUUUUGAUCACCGUGACUUAAUUAGUAUCUAAGAGAAAAAAAAAAAUGUAAUAGGUAUUUUAUCUUUAAAAAAAAUGCAACUUGUAUCGGCGUUCUAACUCUUUCGAUGUAGGGUGCUUUUGAAAUCUCAUUUGGGCAAAAAGGCUGGCGAAUGGAUGCGAUUCCUUUAUAGGGAUGAAUAUUGAUUUACACUGUGAAAAUAAAUUGGAUGAAUCAUGUGACAAACUCGAUUUUUUGUCUCUUUGGAUUUAAAAGAAAAAUUCGAGAGUGUCGGUAAUUGAAUUACCAUAUUGCGAACAAGGCAAGAAUAGGUAUUAAAGGAAAAAAAAAAAAUUAAAAAAAAUCAUUAAAAAAAAAGUUGCCCUGGUUAAUCAUCGUUUACCUCUAUUAGAAAAAAAAAAUUA